CCCGGCCUGAGGCACAGCGUUGCGUGCUGAGACCUGCAGAGUCCCCCGCUCCCCGCCCCUCCCCGUGGCUGUUUUACACCUGGGGGUUCCGUCUUCCUGUCCCGGGCCCCGCUGCUGCCGGGCAAGCCCGCCCCGCCCCCGCCUGCCGAGGCUACGUGCUGGCACCUGCCAGCGCAGCCCCUUAGCGGCUUAAGGCGAGGGAACAGUGACGUGGAUGCAUCUGCUGACGGAUAAAUGGGUAAAAGGUACUUCUGCGAUUACUGUGACCGGUCCUUUCAAGACAACCUGCACAACAGGAAGAAACACCUGAAUGGGGUGCAGCACCUGCGAGCCAAGAAGGUUUGGUAUGAUCUGUUCCGAGAUGCUGCUGCUAUUCUGCAGGAGGAGCAGAGCAAAAAGCCCUGCAGGAAAUUUCUACAAACAGGCCAGUGCGAUUUUGGAUCCAACUGUAGAUUCUCCCACAUGACCGAGAUGGACCUGGAGAGACUGAGUGCACAGGUGCAUGGACCAAAUUUUCUUUGGAAGUCAUUUGGGAAGACAGAAGAGGAGCGGAGAUCAAAGGAGCAGCAGCAGGAAGGAGCAGAUGUCCCAGUUGGUACAAUCAAGGAGUGGCUAGAGAAGAGAGCAAAGAGGCUGAGCUUGGCUCAGAGUAACAGCCCUCUGCCUGAGAAACCAUCUGUGUUUCAGUACCCCCCUGGCUGGCCUCCAAUACAAGACCUUCCCCCAUCGCUUCAGGCCCCGCCUCCUGGAGGCUGGCCAAUCCCAGCCAACCUUCAGUGGGGGUGAAGGAUACAAGGACCAGAGAUGCAAGAAGGGCAGCUGAAUGUUCUCUGGAGGAAAUGUACAAUAUUUGCAGCUAUUUUAUAAAUAAAACUGUCUACAACCC